AUGAGUAUCCGUUCGUUACUGACAAGUCUGCAAGAUUUUGCGACUAAAUGUAGUGUAGCAGUGUAGUGAGUGCAUCAUGAAGAAAACAUUUAUUUUGUUUAUUGCUUUGAUAAUUCAUACCAGUGCCGUGUUUUUUGGUGAAUUUCAAGGACCUACGCGUUCAGUAAAUAAGAAUUUUGGUAAGCUGAUGAAUGAUGUUGUGUCAGACGCCAGACAAACAAUAGAUUGCACCGUAGAAGCUAUGAAAAAUGAAGUGGACUCUGGAAAUUUACCCUACUUUUAUAAACCUAAAUGUGGUAAUCAAAAUGUUAAGCCACUUAAUAAUAAGAAUCUUGACAGAAAAAGUAGGGCGACAUUUAAGGACACCGAGAAUCCUAGACGACACCAAAAAAUCGUUGAUGGAACGAUCUUUAAAAACACCGGAAAAAACAAGAAUAAGAAGAUAAACGACAUAAAGAAUUUGUUAUUGAAUGAAUCACGACGCUUGAAUAAUGUUGAUAAAUUUGUGAAAGAAGACCUUGACGGCAUAUCCAAGGACGCACGUGUACAAUUGGAAAAAAUAGAACAUAAUGACGUUAAGGAUGCUCUCGCUCUACAAAAGCCUAAAGUGGAUUCCGUGAAGAAUUCUUCUUCAGAAAUAAAAUCAAAAAUUUCAGCUCAGUCUAAAAAUAUUAAGUUUGCCAACGACGGCAAUUCUUCCGAUACAAGCGAAAUUGAUGAUAUUGUGGCAAAGUUCCAAACCGAAACAAACAAUACGCUUAAGGAAAUAGAAAAACAACUCCAAGAUUGGGAAAAAGAAGAAUCGGAACAGUUGCAAGAGUUAAAAACACUCAUGGAAAGUGCCAAACAUCCUGUUACUCUUAAAGAUCUAGCUCAGAAUAUUACCGCGAAUAGUUUAUCGGAAAAUAGUACAUUACCGUUCGAUACAAUAAACUCAUCAAUAACACCUUCAACCAUCGUUACUGCAUUAAGUGAAAUUCAAAGCGGAAAAAACUUGAGUACUAUUGACAUACCAAGUAAAUCUUCCAAAGGCUUACAAAGAACUACAAUAGCACUAGCAUCGUCUACUGAACAUUUUACAACAACUGCAAUUCCGACUUCGAAUAUAAUAAGUACAUUAACGACAUUUAAGGUUGCGACUACCACAGAACGAACACUAACUAAAGCGGACGAUAGUCUAAAUGAUUAUGGUGGAUUUUUCGAUUUCUCUCCUAACGACAAGCAUGCAAGAGAUGAAGCGGCCAGUAGCGCAGAAAAAAUAAUCAAAGAGGGAAGUUUUUCCAAAUCACUGUUUAAUGCUCUAUCUAAUAAGGUAGAGAAUGCGGCCUCCUUAUUUUGAUAAUCAUACGUACUUAAAAAUAACAAAUAAUUAAAAA